AUGGCAACCAUGAAUCCCUUUGAUUUGUUGGGUGACGACGCUGAGGACCCUUCUCAGCUCAUCGCCGCUGAGCAACUCAAGGCAGCGGCGGCGGCCACGGCGGCUCCCAAGAAGGCGGCGGCUCAGCAGAACAAACCGGCUCAGCUGCCCACCAAGCCUCCUCCUCCUGCUCAAGCCGUGAGAGAGUCCAGAAAUGAGACUAUUCGUGGAGGCCGUGGUGGCGGAAGAGGUGGUGGACGUGGAUUUGGACGUGGUCGUGGGUUCAGUAGGGACUCUCCCAAUGAUGAGAAUUCAUUUCCUACCUCUGUAGCUCCUUACAAUCAGGCUUCUUUUGAAGAAGGAGAUGCUGGGAAGUCUUCUGAAAGGCGUGUCUAUGGUGGACCGAGACCUCCUUACCGUGGAGGAGGUCGUCGCGGAGGUUUCAGCAAUGGUGAAACUGGUGAAGGCGAAGAAGGACGCCCUCGGAGAGCAUUUGAUCGUCGCAGUGGGACUGGACGAGGAAAUGAAUUUAAACGUGAAGGUGCUGGACGUGGUAACUGGGGAACACAAACUGAUGAAAUUGAUCAGGCAACUGAUGAAGUCGCAAAUGAAACUGAAAAGAAUUUGGGAGAUGAGAAGCAUGCUCUUGAAGAAGUAGCUGAUGGAAACAAGGACAGUCCUGUUAAUGAAACUGAAGAGAAAGAACCUGAAGAUAAGGAGAUGACUCUAGAGGAAUAUGAGAAAGUCCUGGAAGAGAAAAGGAAGACCUUUCAAGCACCCAAGACUGAAGAGAGAAAGGUAGACACGAAAGUGUUUGAAUCCAUGCAACCCUUAUCAAGCAAGAAAGACAAACACGACAUAUUCAUUAAACUGGGAUCUGAUAAAGAUAAGCGAAAAGAGGCUUUGGAGAAGGAAGAAAAAUCGAAGAAGUCCGUUAGCAUCACCGAAUUCCUGAAGCCUGCUGAAGGAGAAACAUACUAUCCAGGCGGGCAUGGCAGGGGCCGUGGCCGUGGCUCCCGUGGUGGUUACCGCGGAAGUACCACCAACAAUGCACCUGCUCCAUCCAUCGAAGAUCCUGGGCAUUUCCCAACCUUGAGUGGCAAGUGA